AUGGCAUCAUUCAACUCCCUGCCACCCAUGAGCGCGAUGGAAUUUCUCCAGCCACGCGAUGAAGCUCUACCCGGCUGGCUCGGGCGCUCAGAAGCACCGCCAGCCCCACGCCGUGCUUCCUCAGCAUCGGACAGCAAACCACGCAAACAAACUAAAAAGCGACUAUCGCGGGACGCGGUCGGGCCCGAAAGAGCACGCCAACUCGAGAAGAACCGCAUCGCCGCCAAUAAAUGUCGGAAGAAGAGGAAGGCCGAGCAGAACAAGAUCCAGGAAGAUUUGGAUGCUGAAACCGAGAAGCGGGAGAUGCUCAUGGCAGAAGUCGAUUCCCUACGCGAGGAAGCUUGGCAUCUUAAAAAUCAGAUCUUCGCCCACUCGCAGUGUGGUGACGGCGAGCUCGGCCAUCAAUUGCAGCACAUGUCCUCCAAUGCUCUACAAUCGUCCACUACUUUCCUCCCUUCCCCAUCCCCCUUGUCCGCCAGCACGUGGUCGAGUGAUAAUGGCGCCGACGACUCGGUGCCGGAGAAUCCGGUUGCUGGAAAGUCUGAUGAGUCGUUCUUCGAUACCUUCGUGAAUGUACCUGUAUAA